AUGGCGGCAUCAGCCCUGGACCAGGAGCGACAACUUGCCAUCGACCCAAUCGUCGGCACCAGCGUCCAGCACAAUACCCAGGUUGUCUCCAAUAUCCGCAGUCUCACGGCAUCGCUCUUCGGUGUCGCCGCCGGCACAUUAGGCCUCGAGUCGUAUGCAGGCUUCAUAUUCUAUCUGCUGGGCUCGCUAGUGGUGUCGGUGCUGCUCUUUGCGCUCAAGACAGAUGGCAAGCCAGGCGCAUACUUCUAUCGGCCACUGGUGCUUGAGGCACGCUUAAACCAGGCCAACGUCCUAAAGAAGGUCGUCGACGCUAUCAAGGAUCUCGUGCAGGACUGCAACUUCGAUUGCAAUGACUCGGGCAUCGCGCUCCAAGCCAUGGACAACUCCCACGUCGCCCUCGUCUCUAUGAUGCUCAAGUCCGAAGCCUUCUCGCCCUUCCGCUGCGACCGCAACAUCGCCCUCGGUAUCAAUCUGGGAUCCCUCACAAAGGUGCUUCGUGCUGCUGGAAGCGACGAUAUUCUCACCAUCAAGGCCGAGGAUGCGCCAGAUGUUGUCAACCUGGUCUUCGAGACCAAGAGCGCAGCCAGAAUCAGCGAAUAUGACAUUAAGCUCAUGGACAUCGACCAGGAGCACCUGGGUAUUCCAGAGACGGACUAUGCAGCCACAAUCACGCUGCCUGCUGCUGAGUUCCAGCGCAUCUGCAGAGAUUUGGGUGCAUUGUCCGAGUCGGUCUCAAUCGAGUGCACCAAGGAGGGCGUCAAGUUUGCGUGCUCUGGCGACAUUGGUUCGGGUUCCGUCAUCCUCAAGCAAGACCCUAGUCUCGAAAAGGAGUCUGAGGCUGUCCUGAUUGAGAUGAACGAGCCCGUCUCCCUUACAUUCUCGCUGAAGUACCUGACCAACUUCUGCAAGGCCAGUGGCCUGUCAGACUCAGUCAAGCUUUGCCUUUCUAGUGAGGUGCCUCUGCUGGUUGAGUACGCUCUCCAGGAUCAGAGCUACCUGAGGUUCUACCUCGCACCCAAGAUUGGCGACGAAGAGUAA